CUCCAGACUCUUCCCGCAACUUUCCUACACGAAAUACUUAUAACCAAACGGAGUCUUGAAAAUUACCCUCCGAUUAAGGACUCUGUUCUCUCUACUCGCCCAUUGCAAAAAAUGGCUCUCCUCGGUGACCCUUUCGGGCGCUUCUUCUUGAGCCCUCCGAUCUACCGACCGUUGCAUGGAUCAACGGCUCUCAUGGACUGGAUUGAAUCCCCAAACGCCCACGUCUUCAAGAUCAACGUCCCAGGGUACAACAAAGAGGACAUCAAGGUACAGGUAGAAGAUGGGAAUGUGCUGGUUGUGAAAGUGAAGGGGAGAGGGAAAGAAGAAUCAGAGGGAAAAGACACUGUUUGGCAUGUGGCGGAGAGGGGGACGGAAAGGGGAGAUUUUUAUAGGGAAAUUGAAUUGCCGGAAAAUGUGAAGGUGGAGCAGAUCAAGGCUCAGGUGGAAAAUGGUGUUCUUACCAUUGUUGUGCCCAAAGAUUCAAACCCUAAUAAGUCAUCCAAAGUAAGGAACAUCAACAUUUCCAGCAAGCUGUGAAGCUUACAUUUAGAAUAAGUAGUAGUUCAUGGUACUGUUGUAUGUUUUUGCAGAUAAUAAAAGUACAAUAUAUUAAUAUAUACUAGAAAA